UUUCCAUUAUUGCAUCUCUCUUUUCCCCUCUGUUCAAAACCAUCACCAUUCUCUCACCACUCACCCCAAUACCCACUUCAAAAAUUCUCUCUUUUUCUCUCAAACUCACCAAAUGCCCACUUUCCCAAGAAAGAAGCGAGUCACUUACCCCUUCGACGACCAGGCUCGAGCCCGACUUGUCAGCGCCGAUCAGUGGAAUUUUAACUCCAGCACCCAAUAUUCCGAUGACAGCGACUCCCUCUCCCUGUCUAAUCUCGUCCAUGGUUUCUUUGAAGAAGAAGACACUAACAGCAGCAGCGAGGACUCAGCAUUUGAUGAAUCCGACAGUGACCGAGUUGACUCAGUCAAAGACUUGGCCGAUUCUGUGACUGACUCAUCCGGCCUCGCCAUCUCACUUUACAAUGCGGACACUUACCGGAACUUACUUAGCGCACAUGUUUCUGAAGCUGCAGAGAAGUUUGGGUUUCUGAGGGAGCGAGAAGCUGCGCUGUUCCGUCAGAAGGUGGUGGCGUUUCUCCGGGACAGGCGACACAAUGCGGCAGUGUGUGAGACCACACCAGACGCCUUGGGCGGGAGCCAUGAGUUCAUCGACGUGGUCCAUUCUGAUGCUGCCAAAUGGCGAUACUUUGUGGACCUUGACUUCCAUGCACAGUUUAAAAUUGUACGGCCGACACGACGGUUCUCGGAUGUGCUUGCUGCUGUUCCAUGCAUCUUUGUUGGAUGUGAGGAGGAGCUGAAACGCACCGUUUCGAAGCUGUGCGAGGCUUUAAUGUGGUGUUUCAGGAGCAAGGGCCUUCCGGUUCCGCCAUGGAGGAAGAACCGGUACAUGCAGAACAAGUGGUUCGGUCCGUGUCGCCGAACUGCAGACCCGGUUCAGAUGGCUGUGAAUAGCACUAGUUGCAGGUCGGUGGGGUUUGACGACACCGAUUUUGAAGCUGAAGGUGUCGUUUUGUUCGGACAAGAUGAUCCAAGUAGAAAUGUUUAUUAAGUGAUGAUUAUUAAUAAAGUAGUCAUAGUUUUGUUUCUGCUAUUAGGGAAGGAUUCUAUUUUGCAAGAUUGCAGUUUAAAAUUUAAAUUAGAAAAUUGAGUUUAUCGAUUUUA